GGGGAUAUAUGUAUACAUGGUUGGCAAUCAUGUCAUCUGCGAAAUCAACAGUUCAUGUUAUACUUCAUAGCCAAGUUUCUGUAGUCUAGAAAAUGUCUAAUUCGCUUGUCCAUAAAAGCAUGGAGUUAUUGAGCUGCGAAAAAGAUUUACAUAAAGAACAAAAGAAAAGGAGAAAACGUAAAGACACCAGAUAUAAAGGAGUUUUGGAUCUAAUUCCCACUAAACACAGGAUCAUCUCCAAACACGAUAAAACAGAUUUUGAUACAGUUUUGGUUCGGUCUAGCAAAACUACUGUUUAUGAGGCCCAGAAACGCAUAGCUACUCAACAAGAUCCUACUGACAAAAAUGUGCAACAACUUCUUUUAUUUAGCAGUAAUAGGAUAAAUCCUGAAACAGCAAGCAAAUUAUUGCAUCGUGCUAUUAAGAAGAGAUAUAUCCAACAGCAGGAGAAACCUACAGAGCCAGAAGAGACAGCUUUUACUGAAGAGGACUUUAAGAAGUUUGAACAGGAAUAUAUCCAGUAAUCAUCAAUCGUGACAUUAAAUGAAAAAAUAAAGCAACAAAAAAAGU